CUUGUUGUCUAACGCGUCUUGUUCCCCACCGCCAUCUCUUUUCACCAAUCUCUGCUCCUGGGCGCUAUCAUUUGAAUGCCUCGUAAAGCAGCGGCACCUGCAGAUGGCGAAACGGCCGCUGAGCCUCGUCGCUCUUCUCGUAUCAAGGAACUUCCCAAGGCUGAGGUUGAAGAGAAAAAGGUCACUAAACCCCGUGCAAAGAAGGACAGCGAGGAAGACAAACCCAAACGGGGGAGGAAGCGCAAGGAAGCUCCUUCCGCUGAAGAUGGUGAGAAUGGUGCACCUGCGGACGAUGGAGAACCUCCCGCAAAGAAGGCUAAGCCAGCAUCUAAGGCUCCUACUUCUAAGCCUGCCUCCAAAGCCUCUGUGAAACCCGCGUCCAAGGUCGCCAAACCCUCCAGCAAGGCGUCCGCGAAGCCGGUCAGCAGAGCCUCUGUCAAACCAGCCAGCAAAGCUUCUGUCAAGCCGGCGAGCAAGGCCUCUGUGAAGCCCGCCAGUAAGGCCUCUGUGAAGCCCGCGAGCACGGCUUCCGUCAAGCCGGCCUCUCGGGCUGGUUCCAAGAAACCUGUAUCCAAGGCUGACGCCGAAGCCCCCUCCGCUGCUGCCCCUGCUGUCGAGGAAACCAUUGCAGAAGAGCCAGAAGCCGAGGCCGAAGCUGCGGCUGAGACUGAAGCUGCUGUCGAGGCUUGAUCAAUCAUGCAAUCACCAACUGCUUUGCUCUGCUGUCGUUUUUAUCUUAUCUAUGUGCAAUCUACAUGACCAGCAUCCUCUGCGCUGGCUGCUUGUACGUUGUAUGUGUGUAUAUCUCUCCUCUUCUUCAUUUACCUACGCGGAGCGGUCUGGUGCCCAUUUCCACUGGCGAUCUGUUGUAUGUAUCUUUCCCGACUUGUUAUCUCCCUCUCGACUGUAAUGUUCGGGAGUAGUACAUGUACUACUUGACGCACAUUGUCUCUUGAAUAUGAUUGUGUUACGGUACCAA